GCACCUGUGGUGUAGGUCACCACAGCAGUGCAGAUUUGAUCCUUGGCCCAGGAACUUCCUCAUGCCACAGGUGUGGGGGAACAAAAAAGAUCCUGGAAACAGACAUGAUUGAAACAGUACAGUGCAGCAUGAAAAAAGAGAACUUUUUAAAUGCAAAAAAAAAAAAAAAAAAAAAGUUAAAGGGAGAGGGCGAUGCUUUGUGUGUAAAUAAUUAACAUCAAUUGGAAAACACCAGAAACUGAAGAACGGAAACAUAGAUUAAUUCAGUGAACUAAAGUUUCCUAUAAGCAAAGAAUACGCAUUUGAAGUGAGAGUUCUGAGGAUAGAGGAACAUGAUCCCACCUGAGCUAGACAUCAGGUGCAAUUUGCAUUUUGGAGCUAAAUGAUGGGGAAUAAGCAUAUUAAGAGGGAGACAAGGAAUGUACCUGCCAGGACAAAUAUUAUAGAAGUUCAGCUAAUCGUAUUGAAGGAACCCGAGAGAUCAAGGGUAGGUUUCUGGACUCAUGGAAAUGACUGCCAGCCCUUCCUGGCUGAAGACUGCUUGAGGCAGAAUGACCCAGAAAGUCCAUAUGGUACCAAAGGCAAACAGUGAAUUAGAUAUGUCAUUUUCUAACCACAUAAAUUCACACUCCUGGAAGGAAGGAGUUGAAUUGCAAGGUGCUUGGUGGAAGGUGACUUUGAAAAAUGCGAGAACUCUGGAGGCUAAACCAUGCUACUAUUUAAUAGUAACCAUCUUCCGGUGGGAGAAUUGAAGGUGAAGGUUAUUUGUGUUUCUCUGUCUACAAUGGAUGUAUCUUCUAUAAUGAAAUUUACUUUGAGAGUGUGUAUUUCACAGAUUCCCCAGAAUGAAAGUCCUGUGGCUCCUGUAAGCUCCACAGUUCAUAGUCACAGCUCAGACUGUAAAAUAGUCAAAGGUUAACGUAUUGUUGCAAAUAUUCAAGACCAUUGCCCAAACUCAAGGUGGCGGUUUUUUUUUUUUUUUUUUUUAAACUGCUUAAUUAUUUAAACCUGGAAACGGGUCUCAAAAUUUCUGUGUAAUUAAAAGCUACAUCUAAUUCUUAGCAAAGGACAUUUCCAAUCUUAGUUCGUUCAGAAGGGAACAAGAUUGCACACAAUUGUGUGCCUGUGUUAUGCUCUUCUCAUUCCAGCUUUUUAAGAACAGAAACUCGGUGUCUUCCCUGAGGCUUGACUUGACCCUGUGGCAGCGUGAUUGAGUUUAAAAUACCAACACUUGUGACAAUCAGGGACCUGACGUUCUUUUCGGGAUACAGUUGUGCUUUCUGGUAAAUUUUCUACAGUGCUGUUCCUGCUAUAGGAAAGCCUCUAGGAAGAUUAGGAAUUCCCUAGCAUAUGUAUUGGUGUAGAAAAACUCUUCUCUCCUUUGUGAAUUUUGCUGGAUCAACAACAACAAAAUCAAAAUGCAUUUUUUAUGCCCCAUGCAUUUUCCAUUCAGUUCAUAACAAUGCAAGUCAUCUAUGUAUUAAUUUAUGUUAUGAUACCCCAGUUAGGGUACAUGUGCUCUAUUCUCCUGUAUUUCCUAGCCUUUAUGUCAUGAAGAUUUCUUAGCCCAGAAAUGAAAGGCAUGAGGAAGAGGAGAGGAAAAGAGGAAGGGAGGGGAGGGGAGGAAGAGCAGGGCAGAAAAGUAAGGAAGAUUUUCUUAAGAAUGCCUUUCAUUUGCAUGAGAUUUCACACAAUAACCCCUCCCCCCCCCACACACACUCAAAGAUGUAGUUUGGAAUGCAGUGAUAGAAUUUAAUGUUUAAGAAACCUGGAAGGGUGUAUUUCUUCAUGAACUUAUUAAAAACCUAAUUCUCUUAGUAUAGGAAAUUAAAAAGUAUCUUUUCUUCCCAAGCUUCAAUCACUUUAUUUAUAAAAAGAGUUUGGACUAAAUUGUGCUGUCAGUCAACCAAGCUUUGCCAUGUCUCUAUAAUUACAACGAUAACAAUUCACAUUGUUACUUAUUUUUGUGACUUUAUUUGGAAGAGUAGUUUCUCAGUUGGAGAAGCAGUUCAGAGUCAUUUUUGAGCUCCGUUAAACUCACUGCUUAGGGCUGUGAUUACUUUCACGUCCCAAUUAAAUGGGCCAGUCUCUCCUGCGUUUAGUUUAGGAAGUCUCAAGCCCUUAAGAGCACUUUGGUGUUAGGGUUGAUGAGCCUGAUUUGAUUUUGGGUGGCCAACAAUAUUUAUUAUCUAUGAAUCUCCCUGUGGUAUGGGAUGUACCUUCUGCAGCAGGGUAAGGAAAAGAUUUGUGAAAUGAAAAAGAGAGAGGGAGACAGGCGUUUCAUCUUUGAGAGAAUGUUUCAUCUGAAACAGAAGCACACGAAACAUCUCAUGUGCCUGUUACUAUAGAACCCAAAAGCCCUCUCCAGCUGUUUACACUUCGGAUGCAAAAUGGCAAUUUGACAUAGACUCACAGUGUGAUGUGAGCAUCUGCGUAAAAAGGCUACAUGUGGAGCAUGCCCAGUGCGGUGCGCGCGUCCUCCGCCCUCCCCCUCCAGAUCUCUGAAGAUAAGGCUUGAACUUUGCACUUGCAAAUGUCACUGCAUACGUUUUGCACUAGGUGGUUUUGUUUUUUUUUUUUUUCCAAAGGUUCUCUGACAGCUGAUUUCUUUUAACUAUCCAAGAGCAGGGAUGCGAAUCGGGUAAUAAUAAGAUGCAUUAAGUUUAGGACGAGUUGAUGCCGGUCUUUCAAUGCACUUGAAGUGUUCCUUCUUUUGAAAGCAAUCGAGUGUGUGUUUCCCCUCCCCACUGGCAUGAGAAAAUCAGCAUCUCCUUGGAUCGGAGUCCUCCGGGGUAGGAAGUGAAAGCCCCGGAGGCAGAAAGGGCCGGAGAAGAGGGGGGUUUUGCCCAGAGCAUGGAUGGGAACCGAGAAGGGGUUCCGCAGGGCUCAGCGCGCACUGAGGAUCGGUGCCCGGGGCUGCAGCUGCGGACGAGAAAGGCGCUGUCUGGCUAAUGAAGGCCACCUGGAUCAGGCUUCUGAAACGCGCCAAGGGAGGAAGGCUGAAGAAUUCGGAUAUCUGUGGUUCGGCAGACUCCUACACCAGCCGUCCAUCUGAUUCAGAUGUUUCUUUGGAAGAAGAUCGGGAGGCAGUGCGUAGAGAAGCAGAGCGACAGGCCCAGGCCCAGUUGGAAAAAGCAAAGACAAAACCUGUUGCAUUUGCAGUUCGGACAAACGUCAACUACAGUGCAGCCCACGAAGAUGAUGUCCCAGUGCCAGGCAUGGCCAUCUCAUUCGAAGCAAAAGAUUUUCUGCAUGUUAAGGAAAAAUUUAACAAUGACUGGUGGAUAGGGCGAUUGGUUAAAGAAGGCUGUGAAAUCGGAUUCAUUCCAAGCCCAGUCAAGCUAGAAAAUAUGAGGCUACAGCAUGAACAGAGAGCCAAGCAAGGGAAAUUCUACUCCAGUAAAUCAGGAGGAAACUCAUCAUCCAGUUUGGGUGACAUAGUACCUAGUUCCAGAAAAUCGACACCUCCAUCAUCUGCUAUAGACAUAGAUGCUACUGGCUUAGAUGCAGAAGAAAAUGAUAUUCCAGCAAACCACCGCUCCCCUAAGCCCAGUGCAAACAGUGUAACGUCACCCCACUCCAAAGAGAAAAGAAUGCCCUUCUUUAAGAAGACGGAGCACACUUCUCCAUACGAUGUGGUCCCUUCUAUGCGGCCAGUGGUCUUGGUGGGCCCUUCUCUGAAGGGGUAUGAGGUCACCGAUAUGAUGCAAAAAGCGCUGUUCGAUUUUUUAAAACACAGAUUCGAAGGGCGGAUUUCCAUCACCAGGGUCACCGCUGACAUCUCGCUGGCCAAACGCUCCGUGUUGAACAAUCCCAGUAAGCACGCGAUAAUAGAAAGAUCCAACACAAGGUCAAGUUUAGCGGAAGUUCAGAGUGAAAUCGAGAGGAUUUUUGAACUUGCAAGAACAUUGCAACUGGUGGUCCUUGAUGCAGAUACUAUUAAUCAUCCAGCUCAACUCAGUAAAACCUCUCUGGCCCCUAUUAUAGUGUAUGUCAAGAUUUCUUCUCCUAAGGUGUUACAAAGGUUAAUAAAAUCUCGAGGAAAAUCUCAAGCUAAACACCUCAAUGUCCAGAUGGUAGCAGCAGAUAAGCUGGCCCAGUGUCCUCCAGAAUCGUUUGACGUGAUCUUGGAUGAGAACCAGCUUGAGGACGCCUGUGAGCACCUGGCCGACUACCUGGAGGCCUACUGGAAGGCCACCCACCCACCCAGCAGCAGCCUCCCCAACCCUCUCCUCAGCCGUACUCUGGCCACUUCGACCCUGCCCAUGAGCCCGACUCUGGCCUCUCACUCACAGGGUCCUCCAGGUGAUCAGAGGACAGAUCGCUCAGCCCCGGGCCGGUCUGCUUCGCAAGUUGAAGAAGAAGCCUGCCCGGAGCUGGUCCGGAAACCCCAGCACCGGUCUUCGUCCUCCGCCCAGCACCACAACCACCGCAGUGGUGCCGGCCGCGGCCUCUCCAGGCAGGAGACGCUGGACUCAGAGACACAGGAGAGUCGAGACUCCGCCUACGUGGAACCCAAGGAAGAUUCCUGCCACGAGCCCGUGGACCACUGCGCCGCCCACCGUGACCACAGCCACAGGGAGGAGCCGCACGGAGGUGGUGAGCACAGACACCGCGAGUCCCGGCACCGCGCCCGGGACCCGGAUCGGGAGCAGGACCACAACGAGUGCAGCAGACAGCGGAGCCGCCACAAAUUCAAGGACGCAGAAGGGCUCGCCAAGAAGCGGAACGAGGCUGGGGACUGCAACAGGGAUGUUUACAUCCGCCAGUGACGUUCGUCCUUUUGUGUUGUUGGGGUUUUUCUUUUCUUUUUUUUUUUUUUGGUUUUUAAAGUCUUGUACACCACCACCCUCACACUCAGUCUGGGGGCGUCUACAUCGCAAUUACGUGAUCUGUCCUGUAUAUUUGUUCUGCUGUUGCUUGACUAGCAAUAGCAUGAAAUAGAGUAUUAAUAUCCUUUUUUUCCUUUUUAAGUGCUGCGGGAAUCGGCCUGGAAAGGCUGCCAUCCUCUGGUUGCGGACUGGACUAUUUCAACUGUCUGGGCUUGCUGCCACUUGAACAAAAUCUGUUGCCAUCCACGUGGCGUUAGCAUUUUAAGACGCAUAGCUGACAUUUUCCAAAAUGUAGUUGAUGUAUCCAGUGGGCCAGGACUGGCCCAGAUUAAAAAUUGGAUUUCUUGAUUCUCCAGAUUUUUAAUAUGUAGGCACCGACCUGAUUUGCAUAUUCAUCCAUGGACCACUGUUUCUUGCUUGUACCUCUGGCUGACUAAAUUUGGGGACAGAUUCAGUCUUGCCUUACACAAAGGGGAUCAUAAAGUUAGAAUCUAUUUUCUAUGUACUAGUAUUGUGUACUGUAUAGACAGUUUGUAAAUGUUAUUUCUGCAAACACCUUCUUAUGAUAAUUAUAUAUAUUAUAUAUAUAUAUACAUAUAUAUAUAUCAGUUUGACCACACUGUUUUAGAGUCUUAAUGCCAAGUCAGCAGAUUUGCUUUAUGAAUUACAGGGACUAGAAACGCCCACCUUCAGGAAAUUUGUAAUACCAUCGUCCAGACACCUAUCCCCGUUCUAGGAGAAAGUCUGUACAUACUGUAAAUACGUGUGACUGCUUGACUUGAACAGGCUGAUUUCUGAAUGUUUUCCCAUCCUUGUAAGUCAACGAUUUUGACCGUAAAUGAUGGUAAAUAUAAUCAAACUCCAAAGGUUGUUCUACUCCAUCGGUGGGCACUGCCUGCGACAACCGCGUGCUCCGCGGCCACUGUCGUCUGAGCCGGAGUUCCGUGUGUGCAUGCGUGUGGGUCUGGGUGCGAGAGUGUGCACGAGUGGAUCUGAAUGCGGAAGACGGAUGAAGAAACCAGCCUGGCGUCAGGCGCCCACCCACCUGCCCUGCAGGUCACAGGCCGCGGGAUGCUGCGGGGUCCGGAGGGCGGGCAGGGACGGGAGGAAGCUCACAGCCAGAGGGGGCGCGCAUCUGCUGGCUCCUUGUUCUUGCUCCUGGAGAGGAAAAAUACGGGCAACUUUUAACUGUGAGUGUUUCACUGGAAAUGGACAAUCUCUUAUGUGCUUGAGUGUCUGUCUUAGGAGGAAACGUCUGCACGCUUGUAGGGUUAAUUUCGGGGGAAAUAACUUCGUCCGACUCCUCCCGCUGCCUCGCCCGACCGCACCGUCCUUCCCUCCCGCUGUGCCGUCUCUCCGCUUUGCCUCCCCUUCCACCCCCUCCUCCCCCACCAGCUCCAACCGUCUCGCUGUCCGUCAAAACCUAGAAGUGCUUCUUAUAACCAAAGUUUCUGCUCUUCGCAAGAAAUCAGGGCAAAAUGAGGUGACUUGAAGUGAACAAAAACGCUGAGAAUAUGUUCCUAUGGCAGACCUCUCCACUGAAGGGGAAGCCAGAAGAUGCUGUCGCCAGGCGUCCGCGGCACGAGGUGGCUGUCACGCUAAGGCUGAAGCCUCCUCUGUAUCUCUUUAGUGUCCAUCUGUCCAGCUGUGACUGGACAGGUAAAACAGUAUUCCGAGUGCAAGUAUCCAGCCCUUGAAGUCUGUCCCCGGAAAACUGCCUUGUGAUUGCCUACCUUCAGAUCUGCACAUCUUAUAACUUUGUUAAAUAGGUUAAUCUCUAUUUUUGUUUUGCUUCUUUUAUUCCAGGUUCUUGCCAAAUAUUGCUUGGAUCUUUAUAGGUAAAACUGUUACACAUCUAACUCCUUAUCCCCCCCCCCCCGGAAAGAUUUAAAAAUGAGUUAUGUAUCUAGUGUUUUCUCAGCUAAU